AUGUACUUGUGCGAGACUGCAAGCUUUGUGCGCGUGGUGAAGGGCCUGCUGCCCGCUGAGGGGGAGCUGGAGGCGCCGGCCACGGCCUUCCCCUUCCUCAAGAUGUUCCGGCGAUAUAGCACCGACAGGGUGAGCUUGCCCCAGCACCUGGCUGACGGCAGCCACGAGAAGGAGGAGACAUUUGUGAACAACAAUACAAGACAGAAGGCAGAGGAGGAGGAGGAGCAGGAGGAGAAAGUGAGCCUGAAGGAACAAGACGAGCUGUCUUCGUUCCCCGAGUUGCACGAACUGGAGGAAACACUGGACCCAUCUGGGGACGGGGAACAACUCACACAGCAGGAGGAGGAGGAGGAGGAGGCAGUCAGCCCCAAGGAACAAGACGAGUUGUCUUUGUUCCUCGAGCUGCAAGAACUAGCGAAAAGACAGGAGGAAGAACUGAAGCAAUCUGGGGACGGUGAGCACAUCAAACAGAAGGAGGAGGAGGAGGAAGGAGACAGUCGCAAAGAGCAGGGCGAGUUAGCGUCGUUCCUCGAACUGAUGGAACUUGAGAUGGUAAAGGCGCAGGAACAAGCACUAGAACAGCUGAGGGAUGUGGAGGUUAUCAAACAGAAGUCCCGCAAGAGAGUGACGUUCUCCCUGGACAACGUGGACUUCCCCGUCAAGGAGCGGGAGCUGUACAAUGGGCAGGAGUACUUCAAGUUCGGGCGCGGCCUGCUGGCCCUGCGUCCCGACCUGCGGCGCCAGGAUGACCAAAAGUCUCGUAAGAGAGUGACGUUCUUCCUGGACAACGUCGCCCUCCCCGUCAAGGAGCGGGAGCUGUACAAUGGGCGGGAGUACUUCAGGUACCGCCGCCGCCUCCUGACGCUGCGCCCCGAGUUGGGCCGUGAAGAAAUGACCGCCCCGCCCCGCCGCCCAUCCAGCAUCCCCGUGCCCCGCCCCGCCAGGACGGCUUCGGCGGGAAACCCAGCCCAGCCUUCCCUCCAUGAACCAGUCCACCACACCCUCAAUACCACCCCUCCCCGCCGCCCAUCCCGCAUUCCUGUGCCCCGCUCUGCCAGGACGGCCUCGGCUGGGAGGCCAACCCAACCUCCCCUCCAUAACCGACUCCACAUCCUCACAACCAUCACCAAUCGUCCUCGCCCCGCAUCGCCAUCCCCUGACACACACACGCCCACGCCUCGUCCGCCAACCAAGACUAACACCCCGUCCUCCACCCUCCCGUCCCCCCCUGCCCCUCCUGCUCUCAGCGAGGAGUAA